CACUAUCUUUUCUUUCUCCAAGCUCACAUUAAUCUCUCUCUCUUUUCUCAAACCCAACUAACCAAAACUCAAAUCCACCUUCCCAGAUCCGUUUUCUUUAUUUUCAAAAGCACAAAAAACAGAAAGUUAAAGAACGAAAAUGAGAACAGUCAGCUCCAUGGGUGUAUCGUCGAGCAUGGAAGAAGUUUCCACGUUUCCGCCUUCUCCGGCGACGUCCACCGUUGUAAAUCAGCGGUCUCCGUGGCACUCUCCGGUGCCGUACCUGUUCGGAGGGUUGGCGGCGAUGCUGGGCUUGAUCGCUUUCGCUCUUUUGAUAUUGGCUUGCUCUUACUGGAGACUUAACAGCGAAAUGGACGAUAAUGACGGCGAACGUGAUGAUGCCAGAGACUUGGAGAGCGGUUCCGGUACCGAAGAGAAAGAUUCCGGCAAAGGGGCUAAGGUUUACGAAGAGAAGUUUUUGGUCAUUAUGGCUGGUGAUGAAAAACCAACUUUUUUGGCUACCCCUGUUUGUGCUAAAGUUUCAUCUUUUGGUGAAAAACCAGAGAAAAUCGAAGGAGAAAAUCAUAACGAAGAGAAAGAGAACUCUGAUGAGAAAGUUAAAGAGGUGAUUGUGAUGAUGACGACGACGAACGACCAUGAUCAUCAUCAAGCUCACGGUGAUGAAGAGACCAGAGAAAGCCAAUGAGUUAGUUUCCUCUGUUUUCAAGAGAGAGGGCAUUUAUGUCUUUUCAUCUACUUUUUGAUCACGUGAUCAGGUGAACUGAUCAGAGCUUAGGCUCAUUUUGUUGUAUUUUCUUCUACUUCUUAUAUUUUUGGGUUUUUGGGGGGUUUUUUUGGAAAUUUUAUUUUCGGGAAAUGUAAAUUUUUGUUGAGAGAGAAGUAGUAAAGAAUAGUUAUUAACUAUUAAUUAAUAAUUAAAUAUAUAUGAAUA